AUGUUCAGGAUGAACAGAAAUCCACAGGAGGAAAAUGAGGAUAUCGAGGAAGCAGCUAACUAUGUUAAUGUUUCAGCAUGCACUGUGGAGAAAAUGGCAGCUCGUCCAGACCAGAGGUUUCUCUGCUUCUCUCAGUAUUUUCCACCGAUAGCAGUGUGUUGGCUGAUACUGUUGGUCAUCAUGGGGCUGCGUAUCCACUUUACCAAUCGCAACCUCAACGACAAAUUCAGCGUCUUAGAAAACCCGAUCAUAGACCUGACUGCAGUAAACCAGGAGCUGGAGACACGAAACCAGGAGCUGAAGACGGAGAGAAACAAGUUAAGAGGACAAAUACAAAACAUCAGUCGAGCUCAGUGGAGCAUUGAUGAAUACUGCCCCAAAGUAAAUAACGAGAGACGGUGUAGAGAUUGUCAGGAGAGCUGGAGAUUCGUCAUCAAGUCUAGCUGCUAUGUGAUCAAUGACGUUUAUCCUCCUGAUCAGAAAACCUGGGAAGAAGCUCGAGAAGACUGCAGAGCACGGGGAUCAGAUUUGGUUGUUGUAGAUGAUGAAGAUGAAAAGAAUGCACUCCGUCGUUACAGCCGGUACGGAUCCUGGAUUGGCCUGAGAGCUGAAGGAGGGAGAUGGAAGUGGAUCGAUGGAAGUGAUCUGACUGAAAGUGUCACCUACUGGAUAGAUGAACCACCACCUCCUACUGAUGAUUGAUGAGAGGGACAGACAGACUGCUCAGCUUCCUGUUUCCUGUGUGACAGGUUAUAUUGUUGCUACUCAUGAGCCAAAAUGGAGACACAGCAUCACUUGUUUUUCUUCAGCAUUUAAUGUAAAUCAUAUUAAUAUGUAGAGUGUUUAAUCUAUCUAGAAGCAAA